AUGCCAGCUCGGACAAUGCUUGGUGUUAAUGCACUCAUGGCUAUGAUUUUCCAGUUCGGCAACAUUAUGAAGAAUCUUCCACGAGUAUCUUACGUUAAAGCUAUCGGUAAAAGAUUUUUCUAACU